ACAUAGCGAGAGAGGAGGUGGGUGGAGGGAGUAUGUGAAAUUGAUGUGAAAUGCUUUUGACAGUCACAAAAAAGUCAAACGUUGCAGCAUACAGCAGCAGAGAGCCAACUAAUGGAGCCGCAAGAGAUCAGAGAGGGAUACCUUGUUAAAAAGGGUACACUGCUGAACUCCUGGAGGGCAGUGUGGGUGGUGCUGUCAGAAGAUGGUUUGGAUUACUAUAAAAAGAAAACAGAUCGUUCACCGAAUGGGAUGAUCCCACUGAAAGGAGCAACACUCAUCAGCCCCUGUCAGGAUUUUAACAAGAGAUUGCUGGUCUUCAAGAUCACUGCAGAGAAGAAACAAGAUCACUUCUUUCAAGCCUCACAUAUGGAGGAGAGAGAACUUUGGGUCAAGGACAUCAAGAGAACCAUAUCCUGCUUGAAAGAUGGGAAAAGGUUUGCCAGGAAGUCCACAAGGCGCUCCAUUCGCCUGCCAGAUACAGUUAACCUUGCUGAGCUGUACGCGCUGAUGAAAGACCAGGACGAUGGAGUGAAGGAGCUAAAACUUGAACAAGAUAAUCGGGUUUUCAACCACUGCUUCACCGGUGCAACAGUGGUAGAGUGGCUGGUUUCGAGAGAGAAGGCGAGAAAUAGGCCUGAGGCACUCAUGUUAGCAACAGGGCUUCUGAAUGAGGGCUUUCUCCAGCCUGCAGACGAACUGUCAAAAGAGGGAGCAGAGGGCGGAGAGCAAACAUCCUUCUUAGAUCAGACAAAAGCUCUGUACUACUUUGCAGACAGUGGGUUCUUUUGCGAAGGCUACUCCAGCGAUGAAGAUGUUCUUCUGAAGGAUGAAUUCAGGGGAAACAUUAUAAAACAGGGCUGCUUGCUCAAACAGGGGCACAGAAGAAAAAACUGGAAGGUGCGAAAGUUCAUACUUCGAGAUGAUCCUGCUUAUAUGCACUAUUGUGAUCCUUCAAAGGGUGAUGACCCUCUGGGUGCGGUCCAUCUCCGAGGGGCUGUGGUUACAGCUGUAGAGUAUGUGCCUGAUGCCAAAAAGUAUGACAUCGAUGGCAAUCUCUUUGAGAUCAUCACCUCAGAUGAGACUCACUAUUUCCUGCAAGCUGCAACAGCUGAAGAGAGAAAGGAUUGGAUCAAAGCAAUACAGGCAGUUUCAAAAAGUGGAAAGUAAAAUAAGCACUGAAGCAACAGGGGGGUAUCUGCUAGCUACAGCUGUAUUUAAACAGAUGUACUAUCAUGGAACAGCUAGUAAAUUUUACUUUUAUGCAAACAUUAUGUUUUGGAUUAUAUGCUAAAAUAAUUACAGACAAUGUAUUUACGAGAAGAAAUAAAAUCCUUUUAGAAGUAUUUUUACCAGUUGAAUACUUUUGAAAGGCACUGUAUGUGUUUGAAUAAUUUAGAAUUACAAGUUAAAUGGUUACAUGCUUUUGUUUGUGGAACUAAAUAUAUAGUUGUUGUCUGUCCUUUAAAUAAAUAUAAAUAUUUAAACAA